AUGGCAGUGUACUGCCCUGUAAACUGCAUUGCUCUGCUGAAAAAUGUAGAAGUUGAAAAAGUGCUGUACAAGAGAGUGCAGAUGCUGGAGUCGAAUAUAAAAUUCUUGAAACUGCUGGUGGAUGGGUGUGAAAGUAAAGAGCUUGAUGUUGAAAUAAGGAACCUGAUAGAGAAGAAUAACACUUACCAGUCAUGUGAGGACCCUGAACCUGUUGCCCAACAGAGUCCAAACCCUCAGAGAACUUCAUGUUCCCUUAAGACCUGUAGUGAAACAAAUGCUCAAGGCCGUCUUGGAUGCACGCGGGCCGGUGUGAGUGACAUGGAAGCCCCAGCAGACCCACUAGAAUCAAGGCACAUAUUACUGACCAAAAAGAAGACUGUAUCAGCCCAUUCUCUGGAACAACAGAUCCUCUCAUUGGAAAGACAGAGACGAGAGCUUCUGGAGGUGAACAAGCAAUGGGAUAAUCAAUUUAGAAGUAUGAAACAGCUUUAUGAAAAAGAGCUGGCAGAAAUGAAAGCAAAACUGGAUGCGUCAGAGAGAAGAGUCAGUGAGCUGGAGGAAGAGAGACAUCGACAGCAUCCAGAAGAUGAGAGGCUACGGGCCCUGGGCAGAGAGAGGGCGUUGCAGGAAACGAAAGAAACAAAGGCCCUUAGUGAAGCUCUCCAUCAAAUGAAGGAAGAGAACAAGCUCCUGAAGCAGAAGAAUGCCUCAAUGGUCAGAAAGAAAGAACACUAUGAGUGUGAAAUAAGUCGUCUCAAUAAGGCCCUUCUGGAUGUGUUGAAAAAGCAGCAGUCACCUGUUCAUGUGACUCCUUCAGAGAAGGGUGACAGGAACAACCUUGAGGACAUGAAAACCCAACUUGAAGUUCUCAGGCAGCAGGUACAAAUAUAUGAAGAAGACUUCAGAAAGGAGAGAUCUGACAGAGAAAGACUUAAUGAGGAGAAAGAAGCAUUGCAGAAAAUUAACGAGAGAUUACAGUCUCAACUGAAUAAACUAAACUCUCAGGUAUGAGUCAAAAUAAAAUGAAGGGAGUAUUUAUUGCAAAAACUCUUCAAACAGACAAAAGAUCUUCCUGCAGACUAUCAGCGGUAUGUUCCCGACCAGUUUCCGCCAGAUGUGUAACACAAGUCAAAUG